CUUCGAUGAGCCCACAACUCGUCCGCCUCCAGAAGCGCCAUCGUGCUGCAUUGGAGACCAACACAGGACCGAAAGCCAAGGUGAGCGGGGCGCACACGAGUGAUGAUGACCUGGACACAGAGCUAGACAGGCUGGAACAUGCGGUGUUGGCAUUGGAAGCGGAAACUGGUCGUUUGGAAGGAAAGGUGAUGGUGCUGGAGCAGAUUCCAUGGGAGUCGAUUCGUCUGCACGACCAGCGAUCUUCGAGGGUGAUAGACGCGUAUCUUCGAGUGUUCCGGCACGGGUUCAAAGUUCGACGAACAGAGGAAGCAAAUCACCAAGAGCGGUUUCUACGGUCAAUCUGUCGCGAGGACAUGGUGUUUUGCGGCGACAAGUGGUCUACGCACGGCGUGGACAAACUCAUACACGCGUUUCGAAUGUACAGCUCGUCCCAUACCAAUUACUCCAUGCAGGCCACGUGCAUGGAAGUGGUGCGAAACGACGAAGACAGCUGCGACGUCGUGUGCCACGUCCUCUGCUCGGUCUCCCAGCGCCUCACCCGCUCGAUGCUGUCCGCAUAUUACCCCCACAUCAUGAACCAAGAGACAUUGGUGCAGACACUCAUCGGCCAGGACAUUCACGUGGACACGAAAGUCACGUUUGGAUUCAAUCCGUGUGGCCUCGUUGAUGUCUACGGCGCGCACAUGAAUCGAGAAAAAGCGUUCGCCCAACUGGUGGGGGUAGACGUGGCUGCCAUGCUUGCCGACGGCAACCAGUACACGACACUUGUGAAUUUACCAUGAAUGUUCACCCCUAAGUUUAUCAAGCCAACAGCCAGUUACACCAGUGUCCAA